UCACCGAAGACCUCAGAGCCCAUUGCCAGCCUUUGCUUUGCUUCCAGCUAGCAGCCGGCCAGCCAGCAGAGACUAGCUCUUCUCACACCUGCUGUGCGUUGCGUGUGCUCGCCUUUAGCGACCGGCCCCUUUCACUUUGAGUAGCGAGCGACAAUGCAGUACGCGGCGGCGGAGCAGGCGUGGUACAUGCCGGCGGCGACGACGAUGGCGGAGAGCGCGGUGGCGCGCGUGGAGCGGCUGGCGUCGGAGAGCGCGGUGGUGGUGUUCAGCGUGAGCAGCUGCUGCAUGUGCCACGCCGUGAAGCGGCUCUUCUGCGGCAUGGGCGUGCACCCGACGGUGCACGAGCUGGACCUGGACCCGCGGGGCCGCGAGCUGGAGCGCGCCCUCGCCCGCCUCCUCGGCUACGGCCCCGCCGGCGCGCCCGUCGUCCCCGUCGUCUUCAUCGGCGGGAAGCUGGUCGGCGCCAUGGACAGGGUCAUGGCCGCGCAUAUCAACGGCUCCCUCGUCCCGCUCCUCAAGGAGGCCGGCGCGCUCUGGCUCUGAGCGCGGCGCCAUCGCCAUCGCCAUUGCUGGUGUCUGGUGACUCGUGCCAACAAGCUACUACGCAGCUUCCGUUGUUCUUGCAUUGUACACGUUAAUUUAGUGCGUUGUUGCUGUACAACUUGAUGUCACGUACUUGCUGCGAGCUAAUCAAACUAAGGUACGGAGAUAGGGGGAGGAUACAUCCAUGGACAUGAACAGGACAGGGUGAUGCAUGCAUGGUAGAUCAGUGAUGAGAUUGAGCGGCUUAAUUAGUGCGUGCGUGUGAGUAGUGUGUGUGUUUGUGUGCAAGAGAACGAAGAGAGAGGCUGCAGGUACCGUGUGUGUUUUUUUCUCACUACCUACUGCAUGCCUCCGUCCGUGUGUGUUUGUGUGGAGUGCCGGUGCGUGCAUGUGGUGUUUGACGCAUGCGCUGGAUUUGCUUUGCUUGGUGCUACGCUGCUACCACCCUUGUUCAAUUUGAUAUCCUUUCAUUUUAAUA